AGGUGGCAGACUGGGAGAGGCGGGAACAGGGAGAGAGGGGAGACGCGUGGCCAGAGAGGAGGCCAGCGUGUGCCUGCCUGUUUUGGAAGUGUUUCCCUGCCUGUUGAGUGCCUGUCGUGCCCUGGGAGGCUUGUGGUGCCCCUGUAAACUUCUAAAGCAGUGUACUUGCAGAGGAUUUGUCGAUAAACCUAGGAAAUAGUGCCCGUGUUUUCCCUUGUGCCCCGGCUGUGCCCCGGCCUCGUGUGUGUGUGUGUGUGUGUUGUCCCGGCGUUUAUAGUGUGACUUAUUUGAGGCCCCGCUGCUCUAGUUUCUUGACCUGUGCCCGUGUGGAUAACACGCCCGCCCCGAGUGAGGGGUGGGCACAACAGUAUUAUUAGAAACAUGAACCGUCUAACAGCCACGAAAAAUAAAUUAAAUUUUUCGUAUGGAGAAGCAAAAAUCACAGGAAUUUGGCUUUCUAAACUAACCUAAUUCACUCUCUCUCUCUCUCUCUCUCUCUCUCUCUCUCUCUCUCUCUCUCUCUCUCUCUCUCUCUCUCUCUCUCUCUCUCUCUCUCUCUCUCUCUCUCUCUCUCUCUCUCUCUCUCUCUCUCUCUCUGUCAAAUGUGCAGGUAUGGCAGUCCAUGGAAGUAAUGUUUGGCAGAGCAAAGGACUGACUUGUGUUCCUUGUUGAUAACAAACAAACAUGAGCAGGCAGGGUGUAGUAAUGUUUUGAUGCUACACUGAUGCAUUGACAAAUAAUAAUCAUAAAUGGUUUAUUAAUAAUCCAGUUAGGACUAAAUUUAUAUUGUACUGAAUAAAAAAUAAAAUGUGAUAAAUAUACGCUUAAAAUUAGGAUCUUAUUAACUAAGGUGGUAUUACAGGAGGAGGAGGAGGAGGAGAAAGUUUUGUAUUGCUGUACAGGAGGAGGAAGAGAUUUUGUGUUGCUGGCAAGAGGAAGAGAUUUUGUGUUGCUGGGAAGGGGAAGAAGAAAUUUUGGGCAGUGAUGGAGAAUGUGGGUCCCUCCUGGCUGGGUCCUGCAUCCUGGUGGUAUGAGUUGCCAGCGCUGCAUCUCUUCUACAGUGCUGCCAUGCCAGGCCACAGUCUGCUGAAGCUGUGCAAGGCUCAGCCAGACCAGCGGUGGGUUGGGGCAGCUGGCAUGGACAGUCGCAAGUAUCGCAUCUGUGGGGAGGCUGGUGCUGAGCUGACCAUUCCUGUCCCUACCGGCACCACCGUCUGGCUCGAGCAGCACCAGAAAUUGCUGGGUGAGAUAAACUGUGCAGGAGACAAGAUGUUGGUGGCUUGAGGUGGGCAGGACGGCAACCCCAGCAACCAGUACAAUGGGCAGAAGGGACAGGGACACAUUGUGAAGCUGGAACUGAAGCUGUUGGCCGAUGUGGGUCUGGUGGGCUUCCCUAACGCUGGCAAGUCCACACUGCUGUGGGCCAUCUCCAGGGCCAGACCCAAGGUGGCCAGCUGCCCCUUCACGACGCUGCAGCUGACCCUGGGUGUGGUGGAGUACAGUGACAUGCGGAGGCUGACCAUCGCUGACCUGCCAGGACUCAUUGAGGGUGCCUGGGCCAACGUGGGGAUGGGGCACCGCUUCCUGCGCCACGUGGAGCGGACACACUUCCUCCUCUUUGUGGUGGACAUCAACGGCUUCCGGCUGUCACCCAAACAGCCAUACCGCUCACCCACCGAGAAUGUCAUGCUGGUCAACAGGGAGUUGGAGCUGUAUUCACCUGACCUGCUGAGUAAGCCAGCACUCCUUAUGGUGAAUAAGAUGGACUCUCCCAAUGCUGAGUCUCGCCUGCAGGAACUCCUUCACAACAUUAAGAGGAUGGAGGACUAUGUGUUGUGUUGCUCCUGUGGUGCCAAACUCACAGAGAACUCAUGGGAUAACUUUGUAAACAUCUCCAUUCCACUGUCUGAGGCAUCCCAGCUGGUGACCAUCCUGGGACACCCCCACCUCAUGGUCCAGACCCUCAGGAACCCUGCUGACCUUGCUUUUGACUUGGUGACUGUCAGGAGUGGGCUGCUCAGGAGUGGGAGAGGAUAUUUGAACCAGAAAGCAAAGCCAGCACAACCCACUUCAAAGCUUCCUUGGAGGGUUUCUAUGGACUCAUUCUAGAGAAACUGGUCACUGAGAAAUUGCAGUGUCCUAAACACAGAGGCAGGCAGUCUCCCUAUUGAAGCAGGCUGAAGCUAAACACUAGAGGCAACAAGAUUCAGUCUACUUUUACAUUUCAGACUCCUCAUUGGCCUUCCCAAGCACCAGCAGUUUUAGCACAAUGGCACAAGACGGGUAGGACAUGGUGCCUCUCGACCUCGAGCUUCUGGCUGAGCUGGAGGAGGAAGCAACCUCUCACUAUACUGAGGAGGAUAACCAGUUUACAGAGCACUGCAAGAAGAGCCUGCCUAAGCCGCAAAUACUCCCUGCUGACAGAUUUGACCGCAACAGACAGUGCAGAGGCAACUUUAGGCAUCAAGACUACAGGAAGGAAGGAGGCUGCAGGGAUCAAGGGGAGUACAGAGGUCAUGGGAAUUAUAGGGAUCGUGGGAAUUACAGGGAUCACAGGAGGGAAUAUUCUGACCACAGGCAAGGGAGGUUUGUCAGUGACCACAGAGAUCAUGAUGACAGCAGAAGGGAUAGCGAGAAGAGGAAGUACAGGUCUGAGAAGGAGAGUGAUGAGUAUGGAAGAAGGAAUUACCAGUCCAGCAAAUACUACAAUGGGUGGGGGGGGGGGGUGUCAUCCUGUUGAGUUUUGUGAAUCCAGUGGCUGGUAUAUUUAUCUUUCAUCAGGGACUUCACACAAGCUUCCACGCCAUUAAUUCUUUGAGCAGUAACCAAAGAUUACUGACAUUUAAUUUACAUUUAAAUGCCUGCCUGCCUGUCUGUUCAUAUCUUUCUCUCACAACGUACUCACCAUUCACUUGUGAACAUUUAGAUUUUUAGGAAAUAUUUUUGAGCAAGUUCCUUCAUCACAAGGCAACCAUCUACUAAAAAGAAAGAAAAAUGGAAUAUAUGUUGGCAUUUCCUUGAUUGCUUUUGGUGUUAGUGACUUUCCAGAGUGACAAUACAAGUGUUAUCCCCACUACAAGUCAUGCACUAUAUAUAACAUCACUGAGUAUCUUUUCUCUCAUUUUCAUAUAAAUGUUUGUAACAUUUUCAUAUAAAUGUAUGCUAACUUUUAUGUGGACUUACUGUAAGAUUUUUUAAAAGUAAAGUAUUUAUCCAA